GAGCUGGAGUCUGUGCUGCCGACGGAUCCAUCGAGGAGCUGUCAUUCCCUGCACUAACGAGCCCAGAACCUCCGCACUAUUCCCAACGAGCCUCACGAUGAACCUCAUGCAGGUGGACUCGGUUCAGCGGUGGAUGGAUGACCUCCUGCUGAUGACGGAGUGCGAGUGCAUGUGCAUUCUCCAGUCUAAACCCAUCAGCAUUGACGAUGACUCUCAGACCGACCUGAUGUUCUCCUCACAAGACAGCACUCAGAACAGCUUGGAGAUGCUGCUGAGGAGAGCUUGGAUCAUUAGCACCGAGCUCACAAAGAUUGUCCAAAAGCUGGAGAAGAACCGCUGGAAACGGGUCCAUUCUAUGAGCAUCAGAACCGACUGCCAUGUGCAGUCCAUGAUCAAGGAAUACAAUAUGUUCAGCAGAACAUCAACAGAACAGAUGCAAGAGAAUGAAAGUUUAUUAAUGGAGAAAUGUUCUGAACUCACAGAAAUCACUGAAAGAUGCACCCGGACAAGUGAUGAAGAAGUCCUUUCAGCAAUGAAGGUCUCCAUCAAUGAGGUCCUGACUGCGGUCGGACAGUCCUUCAGUCAGCUGAUUAAUCUGGCUUUGAUCCAGGAGGUGAAGGUGCUGGUAGAGGAGCUGGACACCUGUGAGAACGUGUACAGUAUGAACACCGCCAUACACAGCCUGUUCAGCCUCACCCAGGAGGGAGAGAGACUCUGCCAUCUGGUUGCGCAGGAGGGAGCAGUUGUCGCCCUGUUUAAAAUUUGCCGUCAAGAUCGCUUUAAGUGUUUGUACCCGUCUGCCCUGAGGACGCUGGCGUCCGUGUGCUCCGUGGAGGAGGGAAUCCAUCAGCUGGAGAAGGUGGACGGACUCCUCUGCUUAACAGAAAUUCUCACCGAUGAGACUCAGAACGAGGCCACAAAAGCGGAAGUGGCGGCUGUGAUCGCGCAAAUCACGUCUCCUCAUUUCACCUUCACCCAACAUCUCAGCACCUUCCUGGAGAACAUGGAGGAACUCAUUACAGCUCUGCUCAGGUUGUGUGAAGAGGCUUCCAAUGGAGAGGUCUGUUUACUGGCGUCUGCUGCAUUGGCCAAUAUAACGUUUUUUGAUACAAUCGCUUGUGAAAUCCUUCUCCAGAUGAACGCUGUGAAAGUUCUGCUCAGCGCCUGUUCAGACAAACAAAGAGUUAAUUCCUCAUAUGCGCGAGACCAGAUUGUGACCAUUAUAGCAAAUCUAUCCAUCCUGGAGCAGACGGCGACAGAUAUCCUGCGGGAGAACGGGGUGGUGACCCUCGUCAGCAUGCUGACAGAGAAGACCCUCACCGGGAGUGCCGCCGAGGUCUCUGCCUGUGAACGGGUUCUACAGAAAUCAGCCGUCACAAUCGCACGACUCUGCCGGGAUCCUGACAUCGCACAAUCUGCCAUAAAGCACAACUGUAUCACACGCCUUAUUGCUCUCUGUCGCCACCCAGAGGAGAGGUUCAGCAGUGACGCCGUACUCGUAGCCUGUCUGGCUGCGCUCCGCAGAUUGGCGAUUGUUUUUCCGGAAGGAUUUGAUGACUCAGAUCUUCAGCAGUUGGUCAGGCCGCGUCUUGUAGACUCGUUUCUCUUGUGUUCUAAUAUGGAGGAGAGCUUUGUAUAGAGGAAGGUAAUGAUAUAUGCCCGUCCCACACCUGGUGCGGCCGCCGCCACAAUCCUCUUAAAGUGCCAGUCAAAUCCUGGGACAUCCAGUACAGGGGAUUCAGUAUCCUGCAGCUUUAAGAGCUACG